CACCAUCAUAAUAUUUCCAUUCUCGGACCGAGAAACAGAGGCGCACAGGGCACUCGAAGAAUUAGAUUGCAAAGCUCAAUUCUUGAGCUACAGUGAUCCAAAAAUCCCGUAAGUAAUGCCUAAUUCAUCUAUACAUCGUGAUUUAUCGAUUUAGAGCUUUAAAACGAGUUUUUGGUUCAGGAAUUUCUUGAAUUCCCGAUCUGCCAAAUUAGGGUUUCGGAGUAUCCGGAAGCCGGAUUGAGCCCAAAUUUCAUAUACGAGCUUCCUGCAGCGAGGUAAUCAAUCCUCUAGUUCUAAUCCCUGAAUUUCGGCUAUUAUUUAGGCCGGGGUCCAAACCGCUGAAUUUAGCUCCGGCCAGGGUUUGAUGUGUUUUUAUCGAGAAUUUGACCCGGAGCCCAGAACUAAUAUUGACGGGGAUACUGCAGGGGAUAUUAGGACGGUCUCGGAUUUUAAUUCGGGGUUCGUUCGUGAAAUUGACGUUUUAGUACGGGAAGGUUAAACCGGUGUUUGAACGACCAGAACUGGUGAGGGAUUAGCACGGCAUACCGGGUUUGUCGUAUCACGAUAAUUAUAUUGAUGCUUAGAAUUGACCUAGGUGAACUAGAAUGGCAUGAUUAGGGGUGUAUGGACCUUUGUGCUAUAUGUUGAACCCUGGAUUGCUGUAUGAUAUUAUUGACUUGCCCUAAUCGAUAUGAACCUUGUUUAUGCUGAUGAUUGUGUAUAUGUUGCAAAUUGUGGGAUUGACGGUUAAUAUGCUUUACGAUGGUUCGAGAAGGUGGUUGGGUAUGAUUUUUCAUGAUUGUUGGAUUUGGAUGCACAAGUGGGAAAAUAUAUAUUCCCUGGUGAUAUUAUGAUUUUUAAGGAGGAUGACUUGCACGAGGGUUUACCCCGAGGAAGUGCAAUUAUACGACUCCUGAUUUACCUAUGUCGAGCCAAUUAUGGCCAGGUCAAGUACAUGUGCAAGUAAUGAAUUAUGAUUAAGCAAGAUGAGAUAUGAAUCAUGUAUAAGGAUACCAAGUAUCAGUGUUGUGGUCUCACGGUCAACUACAUAGUAAUUAGGGCUCCCUAUGCUAUUACUCUAUUAUGAUAUGUAUGAUAGUCACACCUCUCAUGUGGUGGUGACUGAAGAAUUCUUAUGAGAUAUGACCACACCCAGAGCGGUGUCGGGGUAUGACUACACCAAUAGUGGUGUGGGGUAUGUAUGACCACAUCCGACGGGAUGUUGGGGUAUGUAUGACUACAUCCGACGGGAUGUGGGGUAUGUUUCCCGGGAGAGUUAUUAGCAUGGGAGUAGCCAGGCGCCUAUGAUUAAAACAUGAUAAGAUGCAUAUGCAUAAGUCAAGGUGGUUGAGUCUUUUGCCUAUUGGGAUAUGAGGAUGGCUGAGGUCCGAUCCUAGUGUUUUGGCUUGACUGUUAGAUGUAUGAUAGGGGUAUGCUCUGUUAUGAACUCACGAUGCUAUGAUUAUCUCACUCAGCUAUGAGCUGACCCUCUUUUAUUCUUCUUCUCUGCUUAUGCCGUGUGUAAGCAGAUCAUCAGCAGCAGUAGAUAGGUGUAUAGGUGGGAGCUGAGCAAGAGUUGAAGGCAAGAUGAGGUAUGGUCUUCAACUAUUCUGUGCUUGGACUACUACUCGGGAUUUUGGCCAGUGAUCCACACCUUUUUGUAAAAAUGUUUUGAGAACGUUUUUCAUAUGCAUACUAGCUUCUGAUGUGGUGUGAGAUAUCCACAGGUGUGGAAAGUUGAUGAUAUGUGUAUAUUUUUGUAAUUAUGUAAGUUGUGACGAUUAUGGCUUGUAUCAGUAUAGUAUGCAGUUGUGUAGUAUGAAACUGUGACUAUGGCUAUGAAAAGCCAAUGCAUAUGGUUGUGAGUAUAUGUGUUUGUCUAUGAAUGCAUGGAUUCAGAUGAAUUAUUUUGCAGGAUCAUAUGGAAGAACUGUUAGCCCAUUACGCGAGUAAUUCAUGUCGAAAUUUUAUUUAGGUAAAUUUUGAUAAUUAAUGUAACACCCGAGAUUAUUUCCGCUGCAAUUGUAUGAACAAUAUGAUUAGGCAAAACGUAUGGGGUAGGGUGUUAUAGUUUGGUAUCAGAGCCCGGUUCCCUCUUUUUGUUGUUAUGGCGUACUAUACCCUAUGGGAGGUUAAACACUCCUAAGGAGGGGAGUGCCCCAUAAUGACUUAAACUGGGAAUUGAGUUUGACAUGAUUAUGUGUAUUGGUAUAUUGGAUGAAAUUAUCUGCAUCAUGGUUUUCAAAAUUGAGUUUUGAAUGUAUUUGUUUUCAAGUAAUUAUUUAGGGAAAAUUUUUUUUUAACCAAGUGAGAGAUUUGGUGAAGAAUGAAUUUUGUGUGGAUCAAUCUAAGGCCAAUAUUUCCUUGUAGCUCGCACGGAAGUUGUGAAAAUGUUCCUACUAACCAGUCGAGAGGAGUGGGGGCGGUUGAUGCAAGACCGCCAGUAUUAGACUAUGCAAAGAUGAAGAGGUUGGGUGGUAGGGACUUUAAGGGAGAUGUGAGCCCAGAUGCUGUAGUAGAGUGGUUGAGAGAGAUGGAAGAUGUGUUUGAAUAUCUUUAUGCAACCCCAGAGGAAAAAGUGCAAUAUGUUGUUUUUCUCCUAAAGGGGUAUGCGAGGAGCUGGUGGUCCUCAGUCUCUAGAGUUAAUGGUGAACGAGUUCAGUUCACCUGGGAGGAGUUCCUGAAGGCCUUUAAGACAGAGUUUCUCCCUGAAGCUUUUAUCAGGGCAAAGAACAAUGAAUUUGCCAACCUUAAGCAGGAGAAUAUGACAGUUACUGAGUACACCAUCAAGUUUGUUCGACUGCUUUACUUUGAGGAUGGGUUGGCGGAUACUGAGCAUAAGAAGAAGAUGAGAUACUUGCAUGGUCUGCGCAUAGGGUUGAAAGAAAAGGUCCACAGGGUUGAUGAAGAGAGUAUGGCCACAAUCAAGGAGGCAACACUUAAGUAUGAAGCCUAUGAAGUUGAGAGCCGAGAGGAACACAAGGCUAAAGAAGAGGAGAAGAAGAGGAAGUUUGGAGUAAAUUAUGCUGGACCUCGUUACCCACCCAGGAGAGGUCCUAGCAGUUUUGGGAGAACACAGAGUCAAUCUAUGUCGGGAACAUCAUACAGGGCACCAAUUUCCUCAGCCACACAAUGUCCAUUUUGUCAAGUUUGUCAGAAGAGGCAUCUUAGAGAGUGUAGGAGAUUUUCUGGUGUAUGCUUUCAGUGUGGCCAACCUGGGCACAUCAUGAGGGAUUGCCCGCAUUCGAGAGAAGUAAGAGCUACACAGUCCGAGCCUUCAGUGCAAUUUAGUAGAGCCCCAUUCAGGGGUGGUUACCAGGGAGGCCGUAGUGGAUUUCAGAGUGGUCGUGGUGGUUCACAGGGUGGUAGAGGUGGUGGUCGAAAUCAAUCAUCAGGAAGUGGUACGCAGGGUACCAGAGCACAGGGAGCACCGAGGGUUUAUGCAAUGACUCGAGGUGAGGCAGAAGUGGCACCAGAAGUUGUAACUGGUAUGCUUUCUAUCCUUGGCAAGCAAUUAUAUGCUUUGAUCGAUACUGGUUCCUCCCACUCAUUCAUGUCAUAUACGUUUGCACAUAUGCUACGCUUAGUUCCAGAUAAGCUAGGUUAUACCUUAUGUGUUAAAACACCUGUGGGAGAUACCUUGAAGGUAGACUCAGUUAUUAGAAGUUCCUUCAUUUGUGUGGAAGGAGCUUUCCUAGCAGCAGAUUUAAUUCUGCUACCUUUUGAUGAAUUCGAUGUCAUCCUUGGAAUGGACUUUCUGGCAACACAUGGAGCUGUUGUGGAUUGUCAAAAGAAAGAAGUGUUAUUCAGCACACCAGAUAAAGGUCCUGUUGUAUUCCGAGGCAUUAAGAAAAAGGAGACUCAUGGUUUUCUUUCUGCCUUGGAAGCUUUUCGAUUAGUGAAGGAAGGUUGUGAAGCCUUUCUUGCUCAAGUUACUAUAGUAAAUGAUAAGAAGGUUGAGGAUGUAGAGGUGGUAAGGGAAUUUCCUGAUGUAUUCCCCGAAGAACUUCCCGGCCUUCCACCAGAAAGGGAAGUAGAGUUUGAUAUUGAAUUGGUACCUGGCACAACACCAAUUUCAAUGGCACCAUAUAGAAUGGCACCAAUUGAGCUGAAGGAGCUUAAAGAACAAUUGCAAGAAUUGUUAGACAAGGGGUUUAUUCGACCUAGCAUCUCACCAUGGGGUGCACCGGUUUUGUUUGUCAAGAAGAAAGAUGGCUCCAUGAGAAUGUGCAUUGACUACCGGAGGUUGAAUAAGGCGACAGUGAAGAAUCGUUAUCCCCUUCCAAGAAUAGAUGAUUUGUUUGAUCAAUUGCAGGGUGCAUCAGUCUUUUCUAAGAUUGAUUUGAGGUCUGGAUACCAUCAAUUGAAAGUGGCAGAUGGAGCAACUUCAAAGACUGCUUUUAGAACAAGAUAUGGGCAUUAUGAGUUCCUGGUAAUGCCUUUUGGACUCACUAAUGCACCAGCGGUAUUUAUGGCUCUUAUGAACAGAGUUUUCCAUGAAUAUCUUGAUAAGUUUGUGAUUGUGUUCAUAGAUGAUAUUCUCAUCUAUUCUAAAAGCGAGGAGGAGCACAAAACUCACCUUAGAAUUGUGUUGCAAAUUUUAAGGGAGAAACAAUUAUAUGCAAAAUUCUCAAAAUGUGAGUUUUGGCUGAAGGAGGUAAUAUUUCUGGGACAUGUAAUUUCUGGAAGAGGUGUCGAGGUGGAUCCUUCCCAUGUUAUACAACCAGAAGAGAUCGAGUUGGGUUCAGAUUUGACUUUUGAGGAGGUUCCAGUUGAGAUUGUUGAUUUUCAGAUUAAGACUCUUCGCAGGAAAGAAAUUCCAAUGUUGAAAGUGGUGUGGAGAAAUCAAGAAAGUGAGAGUGCUACAUGGGAAACUGAAGCAAGUAUGCGAGAGAAGUACCCUGAGUUAGUAGCAACCUACUUUGCAGGUUAACAAUCUUGCUUAAUAAGUUAUGUUUUGAACUUGCUGAUGUGCUUUUGUUGUGAUAGCCCAGUAUAGGUUUUUGAAACCUAAACAUGGGAACUUGAGGUGUUAUGUGUUUAGUUAUGUACAUCAGAUCUCCUAACCUAAAAGUCAGGUAGUAACAAGAUUUGUGAUAGUGUAGGUUAGGGGGGGACGAGCAGAUAACUAUCGACACAAGGUUAGAUUUCGAGGACGAAAUCUUUUAAGGAGGGGAGAAUUGUAACAUCCCGUUCCGGCAAAACCCAUAUUUUAAUCGCUAGAAAGUUCGCGAUUUAAAAUCGAGCGUUUUGAUAGUAUUUCGGCGAAAAUCGGAUUAUCGAUCGAUCGGAUAAGUAUACGUAUUAAUUAUACAUAUAUAUAAUUAUAUAUAUUAUAUACAUAUAUAUAAUUAUAUAUAUAUAUAUAUAUAUAUAUAUAUAUAUAUAUUAAGCGGCCGGGCCGCAUAUAUAUUUAUCCCCCUCCCCGUCCAUUACGUCUCAUCACCAUCAUAAUAUUUCCAUUCUCGGACCGAGAAACAGAGGCGCACAGGGCACUCGAAGAAUUAGAUUGCAAAGCUCAAUUCUUGAGCUACAGUGAUCCAAAAAUCCCGUAAGUAAUGCCUAAUUCAUCUAUACAUCGUGAUUUAUCGAUUUAGAGCUUUAAAACGAGUUUUUGGUUCAGGAAUUUCUUGAAUUCCCGAUCUGCCAAAUUAGGGUUUCGGAGUAUCCGGAAGCCGGAUUGAGCCCAAAUUUCAUAUACGAGCUUCCUGCAGCGAGGUAAUCAAUCCUCUAGUUCUAAUCCCUGAAUUUCGGCUAUUAUUUAGGCCGGGGUCCAAACCGCUGAAUUUAGCUCCGGCCAGGGUUUGAUGUGUUUUUAUCGAGAAUUUGACCCGGAGCCCAGAACUAAUAUUGACGGGGAUACUGCAGGGGAUAUUAGGACGGUCUCGGAUUUUAAUUCGGGGUUCGUUCGUGAAAUUGACGUUUUAGUACGGGAAGGUUAAACCGGUGUUUGAACGACCAGAACUGGUGAGGGAUUAGCACGGCAUACCGGGUUUGUCGUAUCACGAUAAUUAUAUUGAUGCUUAGAAUUGACCUAGGUGAACUAGAAUGGCAUGAUUAGGGGUGUAUGGACCUUUGUGCUAUAUGUUGAACCCUGGAUUGCUGUAUGAUAUUAUUGACUUGCCCUAAUCGAUAUGAACCUUGUUUAUGCUGAUGAUUGUGUAUAUGUUGCAAAUUGUGGGAUUGACGGUUAAUAUGCUUUACGAUGGUUCGAGAAGGUGGUUAGGUAUGAUUUUUCAUGAUUGUUGGAUUUGGAUGCACAAGUGGGAAAAUAUAUAUUCCCUGGUGAUAUUAUGAUUUUUAAGGAGGAUGACUUGCACGAGGGUUUACCCCGAGGAAGUGCAAUUAUACGACUCCUGAUUUACCUAUGUCGAGCCAAUUAUGGCCAGGUCAAGUACAUGUGCAAGUAAUGAAUUAUGAUUAAGCAAGAUGAGAUAUGAAUCAUGUAUAAGGAUACCAAGUAUCAGUGUUGUGGUCUCACGGUCAACUACAUAGUAAUUAGGGCUCCCUAUGCUAUUACUCUAUUAUGAUAUGUAUGAUAGUCACACCUCUCAUGUGGUGGUGACUGAAGAAUUCUUAUGAGAUAUGACCACACCCAGAGCGGUGUCGGGGUAUGACUACACCAAUAGUGGUGUGGGGUAUGUAUGACCACAUCCGACGGGAUGUUGGGGUAUGUAUGACUACAUCCGACGGGAUGUGGGGUAUGUUUCCCGGGAGAGUUAUUAGCAUGGGAGUAGCCAGGCGCCUAUGAUUAAAACAUGAUAAGAUGCAUAUGCAUAAGUCAAGGUGGUUGAGUCUUUUGCCUAUUGGGAUAUGAGGAUGGCUGAGGUCCGAUCCUAGUGUUUUGGCUUGACUGUUAGAUGUAUGAUAGGGGUAUGCUCUGUUAUGAACUCACGAUGCUAUGAUUAUCUCACUCAGCUAUGAGCUGACCCUCUUUUAUUCUUCUUCUCUGCUUAUGCCGUGUGUAAGCAGAUCAUCAGCAGCAGUAGAUAGGUGUAUAGGUGGGAGCUGAGCAAGAGUUGAAGGCAAGAUGAGGUAUGGUCUUCAACUAUUCUGUGCUUGGACUACUACUCGGGAUUUUGGCCAGUGAUCCACACCUUUUUGUAAAAAUGUUUUGAGAACGUUUUUCAUAUGCAUACUAGCUUCUGAUGUGGUGUGAGAUAUCCACAGGUGUGGAAAGUUGAUGAUAUGUGUAUAUUUUUGUAAUUAUGUAAGUUGUGACGAUUAUGGCUUGUAUCAGUAUAGUAUGCAGUUGUGUAGUAUGAAACUGUGACUAUGGCUAUGAAAAGCCAAUGCAUAUGGUUGUGAGUAUAUGUGUUUGUCUAUGAAUGCAUGGAUUCAGAUGAAUUAUUUUGCAGGAUCAUAUGGAAGAACUGUUAGCUCAUUACGCGAGUAAUUCAUGUCGAAAUUUUAUUUAGGUAAAUUUUGAUAAUUAAUGUAACACCCGAGAUUAUUUCCGCUGCAAUUGUAUGAACAAUAUGAUUAGGCAAAACGUAUGGGGUAGGGUGUUACAGUUGAAUGAGCCUGACCUACACCGGAUUUGGCCAUCAAGUAAAACAAAUGAACAUCAUUGGUUUGACAUUCUAAAACAAGCUAUUUUCUCUAGCAUAAUAUAUAUUAUUAUAUUAUUUUAUAUUUUAGUGGCUAAAAUAUAAUGUAGUUUAAAGUUAUUCAAUGGUUCAAUCUCGACCAACCCAAUUAGUCCAAUUUUUAUCAUUUCAAAUAUAUAUUAUAUAAUUAUUUGAUAUCAUAAUGAUAAAAUUAUAGUGUAUUUUAUAGGGAAUCGUUUGGUAUUUGUUAGUAAAAAACUAAACAGAAAGAUCUAUUUGGUUAUUUUAAACAUUAAAACGAUCCUAAACAUUUUCAGUUUCUUUUGAAUUUCUAUGGUUUUAUUCCCGAAUAAGUGAUGUGCAAAUGGCGAAUUGCAGUCAUCUAUUUUCUUUCACUAUUUUUUAUUUUCAAAUAGAAAGUUUAAAAGUAACGAAUAAUUAGAAUUUUGCAUGGGUCGGUCAAACAGGCUGAAUUUUAAGUUUUGGCCCGUUUUGAUCAAGUCUAAUUUAUAAUUACAUGGUUCCCUGAUACCCGAUAAAAAUCUCAAUCCAAACCAGUUUGGCAGGUGAGUCCGUGUUUACCACCAUUCUCUAGGAAUACGACAACGGCGGUUCCUAUCCCAAAUCGUGUUGUUCGUUCUUGAUUUCCUUAGAUUUUAUCAUGGCCUGACAAAAACCAGAAAGCACAAUGACGACAAGAUGAAAGUUUUAUAAAUCAAAUUAAUGGUGUUCUCUUUCUGAUCUCAUGUAAUUAUAUAAUGAAGUUGAAGUUUUUCGAUGCUAUUCAAUUUCAUUGGUAUCUUUAAUGGUCUAACUUCAUGGUUGUACCAACUUUUGAUGUACUGUUUAUGUUCCAAUAUAUUCACUUUGGUAUGAUUAUUAGGGAUAUGCUAGGCGGUACUCACCAUUAGACCAAUUUAGCUUAAUGGUUGAAUCUACGGGUUAUCCCAAUAAUUCAAUAUUCCGCUCAGCUCCUCCGACCAACGGGUCGGGUUACAAGCUAGUAUUUAUAAUAAUUUAUAAUCAUUUAAUUAUUAAUACUGCUCUCAACUUCGUCUUCGUGUUGCCAUUAUCGUUGUCAGUGAGUUGAUUUAUUGGGUAAUUUUACUCAAAUUUAAUGGGUCGGAAUUAAAGGAACUCAUAUGCACUUUUUAUGGUUAAAUUUGAGCUGAGUAUAAUUGGGGUCGGAUCCAAAUGGGUCUAGACAAUUAUAUAUAAAAGGGCAAUAUCAAUCAUCUCAUUAACGGUCUCCAACCAGUUCACACCUUUGAUGCAGGUGACCGUUUUCACAUUUUUAUUUGUUUGAGAAUAAAGGAAAAUGUGAAACGCACAUUAGACUAUGAUGUUCGCUUUCUUUUGAAUGCCCAAUAUAAUGAGUCUGAUUUAGACCAAACUAAAAAAUUAGAUACGAAUCUACCCAAAAUAAUAACUUUCAUUAUUCCUAAAAGAGUUCCUUAUUAUUUAUUUACAUUGAUAGCACUGGAAAGAGAACUCCGCCUUCUCCCUUCGUCCUUCGGGCUCAUAUAUACUAUCAAAUCUAAUUUGAUCAGUAGUAAAAUUGAGUUUGAACAAUACCAAUAAUUUGGGUCUAUUUUACCAUCCUAGUUUUAAAAGUUUGGAUCUAUUUACCAUCCUAGCUACUUCAAUGAGAAAUGAGGUUUGACUUGGACUGGAUCUUUUAAUUUCUUUCUUCUUCUAUUGUUAUUCUUCAAAUUAUUCAUUUCCUAUCUACAAACUACAAUAGCCUCCACCUCUUAAUUGUGUAACUUUUUGACAAAAAUAAUAAGUUACUUGGCUAGUUCCCAUGUGCCAUGUGCUUGCCUGUGGACUUUGGGCAUGCAGUGCGGGUAGGUAAUGAACCAACAAAACAAAUAUGGAAAACAUUUCUAGAGCAAGGAUUGAUGGUAAGGUUGUCAAAUCGGUUUAAAUCAUUGAAACGGUUAAUUAAGAGGUUUGAGGUUUAAUGAUAUAAUCGGGGUCCGGCGGUUUGAGCCGUUGCAGACAUUUUUUAAAUAUAUAUACAAAUAAGGUAGUAAUUAAAGAUUUAAUUACUAAAAUGAAAUUUAUCUUACAUGUAUCUAUUACAAAUUUAUUUUCCACAGGUUAAAUCUACCUAACUUCCAUGACCCACCCACCAUCUCGCUACCUUCGCUCCUCUUCCUCUCUCCCCCCUCUCUUCUUCUCCUUAUUUAGGGAUCAGACCAGGGGCUUUCUGAAGGCCGUUUUGAAGCGCGAUUAAGUUUGGAUCGGGUCCAACCGGAGGUCCGAUAGGGGUUUAACAACCUUGUUUGGUGGCCAUUCAAUAAGACGAUUGUUCAACUCAAAUUCGUAGGGCAUUUACAAGGAAUAAUCGAGCUAAGAAAUUCCAAAUUCAAAGUUCAAAUUUAUUUGGCGAUGUCUUGUUGAUUUGGGAGACAUUCUGAUUUGUGAAAUAAAUUGGAGUUAUAGACAAUCUAAAGUUUGAUCAACAUUUAUCUAUUACUUCUUGAGUUCCUUUGUGGAAUUUCAACCUUCUUUAUCUUCACUUGUGUGUGUGGAUUGGUAUCAGGCUUAGAAAUAACUGUGUUGAUGAGUCCCUCGAUCUGGUGCUUCCAGUCUAUUAAGUGAUUCAGUUUGGUUGCAUUGAGUUUCUUCUACCGUUUCUGAUUUGUAACAUAAUUUUGCGUAUUAACUAUAAUGAUUAUUGAUCGAUUUGACUAGACUUAUAUCAUACUGUGGUGGGGUUUAAUCGAUGAAUUUGCAUUGCCCUGAUUACAAUUAAGGUGAUCGAAAAAAAGAAAACAAAGGUUUUUUUUAUAACUCUGUUCCAUUUGUGUAACUGACACGGUUUGUUUCUAAAAGGGGGAAAAAAACAUAUGUAUAUGUAUACAUGGGAUUCUGUUAAGCAGCUAGUAUAAAAGUUUAGUUUGUACUCUUUUUUCAUUCUCAGUGUAUGAGAACACCAUUAAUUUUAGAGUCUGACAUGGUGGUGAAGAUGGUUAGUAUAAAAGUUUAGUUUGUACUAUUAUGCGAACCAAUUAAUUUUUAUAUGCAUAUGGUGGAUAGUGGUUCUUACAGUUAGUUAGUUUUUAGUUCGUACCAAACUGAAGCGUUGCACACCUUCACAUGAAGAUGAAAUAGUUUGAAAGAGCCAACAAGUCGGAUCCAUAUGAACCAACAAAGGUAUGUUGAAGAACAUACUGUGUUUUGCUACACCUUGUAUCUUCAAAUCCAUACCGUUCAUAAAGAACCUCCGUUAUAGACGUGUUUCCAAAUCCUGAAGUAUCACACCCCGCACCACCCUCUUUUCUUGGCCUUGCUACAUAUUUUCAGGAAACCGUUGAUCUUGUUUGUACUGAUCAUUAUAUUCAACAUAAAAUCACUACAUAUAUUAUCUUUUCUCAUAAAUUAUCGAGGGACAUAUGUUUUCAGCAAAUUGCCGACCGCGAAACACAAGUGGGUAAUUUCGAGGGACAUAUAGCAAGGAAUCCGGUCACGUUGGUCUAGUUGUACUACCGCGCUGGUCUUCAACAUGGAAGUAUCGGGUUCGAAUCCCUUGAGUAGCCGCAAAAUCUCCCACUCAACACAAAUCCAUGCUUGAAAGUAACAAGAUGGACACCUCUUUGCACAGCGCAAGUAGUAAUAUAAUGUGGAUGUUGUGUGACAACAUUGUAUUGUCGAUGUGUUGAGGCAACAGUACAAAAUAUAUAUAUAUAUAUAUAUAUAUAUAUAUUACUUGUGGGAAUUUGCAAACAUAUAUAUAUAUGUUUGCAAAUUCCCACAAGUAACCUACCUAAUAAAUAGGAAUGCAGGAAUCCAACAGAGGAUUCUAUUCUUUGCCUUUGCUUGCGGAGCUGGUGAUCCAACAGAGGAUUCCACUCCACGGCCGCAGUUGCACCUCAAUUAUUUGAUCGAUCGAUUCCCAUACUCAAUAGUGCUGAAUACGUCCCAGUUAUCUAGUUUGUAGCUAUGGUUAAUUACCUCAUAACCUAUAUAGUGCCUUCUAUAAUAGCCCGCAGAUAACUUAUGAUAUGCGGGUACCCAAAAUUUUGCUCGUGGUAUGAAAACGCUAUCUAGAUAUAAAAAAGACCUCAAAUUAACUGAAUUUUGGAUCAUAAUAUUGUACAAUAACUCUUUAUGAGUGAAGUCUAUGUCUUAAUUAUAUGAGUCAUAGACAAUAACACUAAGAUGGUGCAUAUAAAUUGUUGGAUGUGUAUAUCAACGAAACGAAUCAUGAUCGUUUAUUAUUUUUUUUAGUUAAAUUGAUGUUAGUAUAUGAGAUUUAUAAACUUAAGCCAUAGAU